AAAGUUUUUAUUAUUGAUCGCACGAGAAAAAAAAAUCGAUUUGAUUUUAUAAUAUAUAAACAUCAUGAACAACAACGACAACCAGAAUAAGAAUCACGAUCUUUUUGCUAUGUAAUUCUUGAUCUUUGAUUCAUUAAAUUGAUAAAAAAAAAUUAAAUUUGUCUUUGUUUUAAUGACAACUUUUCAAUGAUGGAUUCAAAAGCUAGUGAUGAUGUAACCCCAACCGCAAAACCUAUUGAAAAUGUUAAUGAUAAAAAUCAAACAUCGAUAACUAAUGAUGAUGAUCCAGGUUCCGAAGGUGAAUAUCGAUCAUCGUCUGCAGAACCAAUUGAAAAACGAUCUCAUUUUCAAUCAUCUACGGUGAAUGGUAGCCAAAAAGAUGUUAAAAAAUAUCUAGUUAAACGAUCAUCGAAAUCACCGAUAAAUUCAAGAUCUAGAUCACCUCGUCGUUAUGUUUCAAUGGACAACCGACGGCGAAAUGAUUUUCGAAGAAAUCGUCCAUUUUCUAAUUUUCGUUCUCGUAAUAACACAGAUAGAUUUGAUCCAGGUUUUAAUCGAAAUCGUCGAUUUCAUCGGAAUAAUAAUUAUCGUAAGCAAAGAAAUUAUUCACAAUCUCCUUCACCACAAUCAAGUUCUCGACAGUCACCAUCAACAAACGGAAAUGUUAACAAAAAUUACGAUACUAAAUUUGGACUUAAUGUGAAAGGUGAUGAUAAUAAUAAUAAUAAUCAAAAAGAAGAAAAAGUAACUGUAUUGAAACCAUCGGAUAUAAAAAAUAGUGCAAAACAAUCGGCAAAAUCUUUUCUUGAUAUGCUUGAAGAGAAAAGAAUGAUGGAAGCUUUUCCUAAAACUACAGUGGUAACAGUUGAAAUGAAAAAACAGAUUCCAGUCAAAAUUCCUAAAUUUGUCAAUACAUUCAACACGUUACAUGGUUUGUCUACACUAGCAGCUGAAGUAAAAUCGAAUGACACUAAACAGAAACAAGAUUCCGAUUCUGAUGGUUCAAAAGCCAUUUUCAAUUCAUCCAGAGAAGAAGGAGAAAUACGAAGCGAUUUAGAUGAACAAGAGAAAAAUAAUUCUGUGAAAAAGACUAAAAAUCGAAAAAAAUUGUUGAAAAAGAAAAAAGCAAUCACUACUGAUGAAUCAUCGAACAAACGUUCUGGUGGGGAAAAAUCAGCAAAAAAACGUAAAAAGAAUAUCCGAAACAAUUUGAAUAAUAAAAAUAAGAAAAGCAAAAAACGUUACAAAGCUUCUUCGUCGUCAUCCACAUCUUCAUCUUCGGAUUCGAGUUCCAGUUCAGGUUCUGAAUCGGAUUCUCGUUCAUCAUCGUCAUCUUCAUCUUCUUCAUCAUCUAAUAAUUCAUCAAGUCAUUCAUCAUCAUCAUCAUCAUCGUCGUCGUCAUCGUAUCGUAUUCGGAUUCAAGUUCUUCAUCCGAUUCCGAAUCCGAUGAUGCAAGUAGCAGCAGAUCAAGUAGUAAUAGUAGUAGCAGCAGCAGCGGCGGUUCAAGUGAUCAUAAACGGAAAAAGUCAAGUAAUAAAGAUAAAAGAAAAAAUUAAAAGAAUUGAAAAAGAAACGUAUCAAGCAAAAAUUGCAGAAAAAAUACAAUCAAAGAAACGUAAAAAACUUUCGAACAGCAACAAGAAAGAUAAGAAAAAAUCGAAAAAUAAAUCAAAACAUUUUAGCGAUGACAAUAACAUGAUAACCGAUGAUAAAGAUCAAGCUUUGAUUUCGAAAACAGAAUGUCAAUCAUCGGCAAACAACACAAUUGUAUCGACAAUUCAAGAAGAUUGGCCCAAAGAAAUGAUUCUUUACACAAAAACCAAACCAGUAGUUCAAUUUUCAAUUAAUCGAAAAUGUAAAAAUGAAUUUAAUGAUCUAUUGCCACGAUUUGAAUCGUAUAACAAAUCAACUGGAAUUGAUGAAUUUGAUUCACGAUCAGCAAUCAGUCAAUCAACAUCGAGUAAAUAUCAGAAUAGUACCCCUAAAGAAAUUGAAGAAAAUGGCGCUGAAAAUAUGGCAACGUUGAUGAUGGGAUCAACCAUCAAACAAGAACAUCGAAAGAAAACCAUCAUUCCAAGUGAACCAAUGAAAUUAGAUAUGAAUCAUGAUUAUGAACAUUAUUAUCAGUAUUAUCGUGAUUCUGGUAUUCCAUAUAUUCAAGAUGAAAAUGAAUUACAUUUAUCAUCACAUUAUUGUGCCUAUUAUAGAAUGUUAAAUAGUUAUGAUUAUAACAGAGAACAAUUAACAAAAUGGUCAUCUAAUCUUGGAUUACGAUUAAUUGAAACUAAUAAAUAUGAUCAUAUGCCUGGCUUGAAACAAGAAACGAAUGGUCAAAAGGAAUCAAACAAUGAAAAUGAUGCCGAUAUUGUCAGCAUACAGAAUAUUAAAGAAGAAAUUAAAAAUGAAGAUGAAAUUGAAGAUAAAUUUCCACAAAAUCAAACAAAUCCAAUUGAAGUGAUUACAACAAAUAAUAUAUCAUCAACAAUAUCAAGUGAUUAUAUCACCUAUCCUAAAUUAUAUCCACCUUAUCAGGAUUCGAUUCUUGUUGAACCUAGUUAUUCACCACCACCAUCACCACCACCAUCAAGACCAAUAAUGACCGUAUUGGAAACAUCUGAUUGGAUUACAUUACCAAAUGGUGUUAAAGUGGCGCCUGGAACCAAACAAAUUAUUGUUCAUCCUUACAAUAGGCCAAUAUAUUGAAUGAACUUUUUGGUUUUUUUUAUAUAUAUAUAUAAAUCCAUCAUUUUCAUGUAAAAACAUUCUAGUU